CUAGUCCCUCCAGCAUCAGCCCCUUCUUCAGAUAGCUUCUUCCAUCCCCCAGUGAUACCGUUAUCAUCUUCCUGAUACCACAGACAAAUUCCACGCAGCUUGGCGAAUUAACAGAUUUGAUCGAAGAUUUUAAAGGAUGCACGAUGAAGGGGAGGAAGGAUCUAAGUCGGAGAUGACCGGGCUGGAUUUCAGUCCUGAGAAUCGUUCCCUCCGGAUUUAAAAACGAAUUUCGUUCGUUCAGAAUUAAUUAUAGAAACUGGGAUUGGGAGGAUGCGGUGGCUCCAGAGGAUAUUAAUUCCAUUCCAAAUGGUUCAACUCAUCGCUUGGGCAAGCGUGGAGAACACGCAAUUGUCUGACAGGCUGGAGAACGUUACCCAAACAAUCUCGAGGAUACUCGAUGGCUACGACAUACGACUGAGGCCUAAUUUUGGCGGAGAACCGCUACUGGUAGGAAUGGACCUGACCAUAGCUAGCUUCGACGCGAUUUCUGAAGUCAACAUGGAUUACACGAUAACUAUGUACCUAAAUCAGUACUGGAAGGACGAGAGGCUGGCAUUUUCUCAGGAGGAAGAGGUGCUGACCUUGAGUGGCGACUUCGCCGAGAAGAUCUGGGUACCGGACACGUUCUUCGCCAACGACAAGAACAGUUUUCUACAUGACGUGACUGAGAGAAACAAGCUUGUACGAUUAUCCGGAGAUGGUUCGGUGACCUAUGGUAUGAGAUUUACUACGACUCUAGCAUGCAUGAUGGAUUUGCACUACUAUCCCCUCGAUUCGCAAAAUUGCACAGUAGAGAUCGAGAGCUAUGGGUACACGGUAUUGGACGUGGUGAUGUACUGGAAGGAGACCCCGGUAAGAGGAGUGGAGGAAGCAGAAUUACCACAAUUCACGAUAAUCGGCUACGAGACGAAUGACAGGAAGGAGAGACUAGCCACCGGGAUUUACCAGAGGCUUUCGUUAAGCUUCAAACUACAGAGGAAUAUUGGAUACUUCGUGUUCCAAACGUAUCUGCCUAGUAUAUUAAUCGUGAUGCUCAGCUGGGUCAGUUUCUGGAUCAAUCACGAGGCAACGAGUGCCCGAGUUGCGUUAGGUAUAACUACCGUUCUGACGAUGACAACGAUAUCGACAGGCGUGCGUAGCUCUCUGCCGAGGAUAAGCUACGUAAAAGCGAUCGAUAUUUACCUGGUGAUGUGCUUCGUGUUCGUAUUCGCCGCGCUGCUGGAAUAUGCCGCGGUCAAUUACACCUACUGGGGAGCUAGGGCCAAGAAGAAGACCAAGAAGAAGGACGGGGACGAUAAACGAGUCGUCGCAUCUAAAACAGGCAGUAAAGCAAGCUCACCUUUUCCUGGCUCGACGGAGGCGGACAUAAUUGAGUUGCAGGACCUGCGGAUGUCACCAUUGCCUUCAAUUCGGAAUCGUUCCAGCCUGCUCGGCGGGUCGACUCCGACAAGUGCUCGGCACGAGCACGAUCCUGCCAAGUUCCCUCCUAGCUUCCGAAUCUCCAGGGUUGCGGCGUAUAACACGUACGGCAGGCACAGCGGGCUCAGAUACCGAGGGCCCAAGCACCACAGACCUAAGGUGCUACACGCGAUUAGAAGAGGUGCGUCGGUGUUGCGAGUAUCGAUGCCAAAGAUCAAAGAUGUGAACAUAAUUGACAAAUACUCACGGAUAAUAUUCCCAGUGAGCUUCAUGCUGUUCAACGCGAUCUACUGGGUGUUCUACUUCCUCUGAACAAUUAAUUAAUCAAUUAAUUACACGGUUCGCACGUAAGAGAUGGAAGAUUCCACCUGUUGCUCUCAUCUUGAUAACCGAACGUGAGGACCAAUCGCGAGCAGGGAGCGCCAAUAAGAUUAAUUAUAUUGAUCACGUGAAGAUUUCAAUUUCAAAUCCCCGAAAAGUUUGAAACGUUGAAAAAUCGUAGAAUAACGAGACUAAAAUAAAGAGAAUUAUAUAAUGAGGAUGGAAAUUGUUAAACUAAGAAGGGAACUCGUUAAUAUGCGAGGGAACCGAUGGGAGCAGGUAUCGAAAGUACUGAAUCGAACGCUGCCAAAGUUAAUGAUAAAUUUUUAAAUUAAGAGAAUAAUAUAUCUUUUAAUGUAAAACCUUCGUUUGCGUCGAUGAAUAUACACAAAUAAUAGAUUCACAUUUAAACGCUGGAUCAAUCAUUUGUGUAUAUUGUAUGUAACAUGACGAUUGAAUGUACAUAAGAUAAAUUCUAUUUUAGCGGGAAUACGUUCCUAAUUAUUACUUUAAAGGCAAAAGAAUAAUUGUAAGGAAUUAGAAAUAAAUAAAGAGAAACUAGCAAACCUGAAACACCCAGACUUCAACGUUUCAAAUCUCGUAUAUAAUAACGCUUUCGAAUUAUUGUUUAAUUACAAAAAAGGAAUAGUAUAAAUUUCAAUUCAAUAAACAAAUAAUUUUUA